UCAGCUUCUCUACCAGUUAAAGCUUACUUCGCUUCAGUUGUACCAUUCCAGGUUGGGAAUUUAAUUUCAGAGAUGGCGGCAAGUUUGGCUUCUAAAUGGUCUCGUGUGAGCCGUUCAUUGUUUGGGGGCUUAGAAAACAAUUUGUCUAGUUUACUGAGCCCAUCGACUGAGAUGACAGCCUGCAAUUUCUUCUCUCAGCAGCACAGGACUUUCAUACAGAUGAGGACUGUCCUCAAAGUUGUGGACAACUCUGGGGCCAAAAAGGUGAUGUGCAUACAAGCUCUGAAGGGGAAAAAGGGGGCUCGGUUGGGUGACACUAUUGUUGCAUCAGUGAAGGAAGCUAUGCCAAAUGGUAAAGUGAAGAAAGGAAAGGUUGUUUACGGUGUUGUCGUACGUGCUGCCAUGCAGCGUGGCCGUUGUGAUGGGAGUCAGGUCAAAUUUGAUGACAAUGCUGUAGUACUUGUUGACAAACAAGGCCAGCCAAUUGGGACUCGAGUAUUUGGGCCAGUUCCACAUGAGCUGAGGAAGAAAAAGCAUGUCAAGAUCCUUACUUUGGCAGAGCAUAUUGCCUGAGGUAUGGACUUUUGAUCAAUGUUGAUUUAGGUCUUCAGGCAUUCAGGCUUUAAGAUCUUUAGUAUUGUAUUGAUGUGAAAAACUGAAGUCAAAAAAAGAAAUUGGGCUUCAGGGUGGGGGCUAGUUCAAGUUUAUCUAGAGCUGAAUUUGACAAUGUUUAGUGCUAAUUUAAAGCAAAAGAUAUAAAUUUCUGGCUUUCCAGCUUGCAGUUGUUUUAGUA